AUGGGAAUGAAGCAUGGCAUUGGAAUUGGAAUAGGUCUUGGUAUAGGAACAAUGUGUGGUGUCUUCAUAAUCAGCAUUGCUGUAAGAUGGAGGCUAAAAAGAACUACAAAUUCUAAAGAUGAUGUAAAACAUAACUAUCCUGAACAAACCUUUGAAUUCGGAAAUAGAUUAACAUCACCUGCAUUUAACAGUGAAAAUGAGGACCUGGGCAACAAAUCAACAAAAUUAAAACCAACUAGCAGUAGUUUAACUGAUGGUAACGAUGAAUCAUGCGACGACGAUGCCAUAUAUUCUGUACAACUCACAUGGCAGAUAGAGUACCAAAUUUCCUGGAUCAGGAUUGUGUACCGUGCCCCAGGUCUGCUCAGUAACAUGAGCCUGAAGCUGGGACAGAAUAACUGUGAAAAUCAAAUAAUAGAUAUUUUGGACAAUUCAACCGCAGAUAUCUACUGUAAUGUGGAAAAAUUAUACACUAAUUUGACUUUAUCAUGGAACGAGAGGAUAACUAUUUGCUCAAUUUAUGUGAAUGGAGGACGUAAUGUUGCCCUAAAACAGACGGCUGUCCAGUCAAGCACUUAUAUGGUUGCGGGUGAAAGUAAGGCAAAGGCCAGCAACGCUGUCGACGGGGAUCCCAAUAGUAAUUUUAAUGGCGGCUCCUGCACGCACACGGCAGUCAACCCUAUAUCGCUUCCACAGUGGAGUGUCAGUUUUUCAUCCCCACAGUUGGUGCACAGAUAUGUUUUGUACAACAGAAAUGAAGAACCAGAAAGACUUAAGGGAUUUAUACUCCAAAGCUACUCAGCCGACAAUGCUCUAGUAUAUAACUAUACAGACAGUGGCAACACAUUAUCCAAUUACACUGUAACAACAGUUGGGAAAGAAGUAUUAAAGGUUACAAUAAAUGCAACACAAAUAUUGACAUUAUGUGAAGUAGAAAUUUACGGAGAACGCAUCUGUGCACCUGGAUAUUUUGGACUAGACUGUGACCAACAAUGUCGCUGUAGCGACACAUCUGAGACUUGCAUGUCUAUCACUGGUGGAUGUUUAUCUGGUUGUUUGUCUGGGUACUAUGGCCAGGGAUGUCAGAUGGAAUGUUCACCCAAAAAGUGGGGCGUCGAUUGUCUCAAGACCUGUAGUCCAUUCUGUCGUCACCCUGAAGAUUGUAGUCGGACCAACGGCUCGUGUUAUGACGGCUGUCAGGCUGGGUACGGGGGUCCUACAUGCAUCGAUGAAUGCCCUGCUGGAAGAUGGGGAUAUAACUGUGCCAAUACAUGCAGUGAACACUGUGCUAGUGCCAGCCUGUGUGACAAACGAACCGGAAACUGUUCAUCAGGAUGUAGUGCUGGUUACCUUGGUGACAUGUGUGAUAUGGAAUGUGACAAUUUGACCUUUGGCCUGAAUUGUCUGGAGAACUGUUCUAUCAACUGUGGUGGGGAUGGAAAAUGUGACAUUGUUAGCGGCUAUUGUUUGCAAGGUUGCAUGUCUAAAUAUGGCGGUGACGUGUGUGAUCAGCUGAUCCAGGAGAAUGCAACCGAAUCUGUUGCCAUCAUUAUACCAGUUGUAUUGGUAGCUAUCAUAACAGUGUUAAUUAUUGGAGCUGUUGUGAUACUAUUAAAGCGCAAGAAAAUUAAAGAAAAGUCUGUUGAAACACCGGAUAAAGUACUAGACAAUCGACGAUCGUUAGAGACAACUCAUUCGGCAGGUGAGACCGUCAACGCUAAAGUUUUAAACAAAUCAUCAGACAAUGAAGUGAAGAUUGAGAACAAAUAUGUCCUCAUUGAGUCCAUAGACGGUUCUAUAGCUGCUCAUCAGUUGGCUGCUUUCUUGCACACACGAGACAAAGGGUAUUUUGAUGAACAAUUCAAGAAAAUACCAGCACCUGAAAAUGUUUCCACAGCGAUUGGUCUCAGCGAAAAGAACAAGCACAAAAAUAGAUACAAGAAUAUCUGCACAUAUGACCAUUCCAGAGUACACUUGGAUAUCAAUGAAAAAAAGAAUGAAGGAGACUAUAUCAACGCUUCAUACAUUCAGGGAUACAACAGUGAGGAUAAAUUCAUUGCUUCGCAAGGACCCAACAGUAUUAUUAUCAACGACUUCGUACGAAUGUUGUGGGAACAAAAAGUGGAUAAAGUUGUGAUGUUGACUAAUUUGAUAGAGGAAGGAAAGGUCAAGUGCGACAGGUACUGGCCAGAAGAUGGGAAGAUGAUGUUUGGAGAUAUUAAAGUUAAACUGGCUGUCACACAUGUGUUUGCUGAUUAUACGAUCAGAAGAUUGCUGUUAAGUAAGAAAAGCACUGAAGUUCAACAGGUGAUCCAGUUCCACUUCACGUCAUGGCCGGACAAGGGCGUGCCCAUAACUCCCUGGGCGUUGGUGGACUUUGAGCAGAGGGUGGCUUUCAAUCCGACCAGUAGACCUGUGGUCGUCCACUGCAGCGCUGGUGUUGGCCGUACAGGGACAUUUAUCGCACUGAGAAAUGUGAUGAGAGAAGCUGAGGAGACUGGACGUGUUAAUUUCUUACAGACAGUCGCCAGGCUAAGACAGGACAGGAUGAAUAUGGUACAAACAGCGGAACAAUACGAAUUUCUCCACAAAGCUGCACAAGUAGCAAUAACAUGUAUAGGUACCACAAUCACAGCCUAUGAUGUUGACGUGAAGGUUCAACAUCUUCUGGACAAAUCUGUGUCGGGGAAAACUAAUCUGGAAAAUGAAUUCAAUUCGGUAUGUGCUGUAAGCGCUGACUUACAGACAGCUGGUAAAGAAGAAGAAAAAGAAUUGAAAGUUUACGAAAACAACCAAGAUGUGGACUUGAUGAGGAGAUCAUGCCAAAUCGCAUGUACCAAGCUAAGCUGUCUAGAAGCAGACCAGAAGACAGCGACUACAUUAACGCGGUUGUCUUUCCUAGCUUCACCAAACUUGACCAUCAAUAAAUUAUAA